AGUUCAUUUCUAAUCAGUGACAUUAAUUAAUUAAUCAAGUCCAAGGAUGGAUCGAAAACUCCGCAGACACUCGGCCCUCCGUGGAAUGAGUUUGACACGUGCACUGAACUAAAGUUAUAGCCUUCAAGAAUCAAUGCGUAUACAUUAUUAAUUUAAAAGUCCAKAAAUGGAUGUAUCAACUGCUGAUAUUCCCUUUAAACGUUAUGAUUUAGAUAAAGCAAAUCAUACACAAUUACACACGUUACGAAGAUUAGUAACAACAUCCCUUUCUUGAAUGUGCAGAUUGUCACGAUGACGGAGCAACCAGAUGAGUUUAUCUGGUGUGAGGACUGUGGGCAGUAUCAUGACUCUGAGUGUCCAGAGCUGGGUCCAGUGGUGACUGUACAAGACUCAUUUGUUCUCAGCAGAGCACGGUCCUCUCUGCCGGAGAGUCUGGAGAUCAGACAGGUACCAGAUGGGAAGGAGGGAGUGUUUGUCCUCCAACGUCUGGUCAAGAGGACCAGGUUUGGUCCCUUCGAGGCUAGGAGAAUAUCCCACCUGGACAAAGAAGGCCUGUUCCCUCUGAAGAUCUUCCAGAGAGAUGGCCUGGUAGUCUGUUUUGACUCAGCCAAUGAGGAUGACUGUAAUUGGAUGAUGCUGGUUCGGCCCGCCACUGACUAUCAGCACCAGAACCUGACUGCUUACCAGCAGGACGAUGAGGUCUACUUCAACACCUCACAGGAUGUGCUGCCAGGGUCUGAGCUGAGGGUUUGGUAUGGGGCCUUCUAUGCCAAGAAGAUGGAGAGGACCAUGCUGAAGGCCCCAGUCCAUCCACCUCCAGCAGUUGUGGAUACUACCUCUACCAUGCCAGAGGGGGCUUUGAAUAAAGCUGGAGUGUCACAGGCCCUAGUGGUUGGAGAGAAUGAUGCAGACCACCUGCUGAGCCACCUGCAGGAAGUGAAAGAUGUAGCCCCGCCCCCUGACGACCAGUCCCAGCAGCAGGAAGAAGCACAACUGGUAACCACUGACGACGGCCUCAGUGCUGAACCCAUCCCUGCUCCUCCUCUGCCAGCUCCCAAAAGAAGGCUGGGCAGGCCGGGGAAGAGGGCCAAAGGAGGACGGAAACCUAGCACUGCAACUAUAGCAGCAAAGAAAAAAAUUGCAGCCUUUUUGGGGCCAGCAGAGAAAGCCCUCAACACCGUCCCUGCAGACGGAGGAGAGGCCAUGCUGGAUGGCAAUGACCUGGAGAUCGGCCCUGACGGGGUGGCUGUCACCAUGCCUAGGGUGACCCGCACCCUGCUCUCAGCUGGGAUGCCUGGGUCRAGGAAGAGGUUCCUGAGGCAGGGGGGAGACCAUAAGAGGCUGUACAAGUGCACCCUCUGCAACAAGGUCUUCCAGAACAGCAGCAACCUCAACAGACACAUCCGCUCCCACGGUGAUAAGCUCUUUAAAUGUGAUGAAUGUGACAAGAUGUUCAGCCGCAAGGAGAGCUUGAAGCAGCACAUCUCAUACAAGCACAGCAAAAACGAGCCCGAUGUGGAGUACAGAUACAAAUGUAACACAUGCGACAAAGCCUUCCGUCUGGAGAAUGCAUUAGAGUUCCACAACUGUAGAACAGAUGACAAGACGUUCCAGUGUGAGAUCUGCUCCAGGUUCUUCUCCACCAACAGUAACCUGUCUAAGCACAAGAAGAAGCACGGAGAGAAGCUGUACGCCUGUGAGAUCUGCAGCAAGAUGUUCUACCGCAAGGACGUUAUGCAGGACCACCAGAAGAGACAUACUGUGGCAAACCCAAAGCACCUGAAGAGGGAAGAGCUGGAGGCCAAUGGGGAGGAAGGGACCAAAUACAGAAAGGAGCCUUCAGCAUGUCCUAUCUGUGGCAAGGUGUUUUCCUGCAGGAGCAACAUGAACAAGCAUCUGCUGACUCACGGGGAUAAGAAGUACACCUGUGAGAUCUGCGGACGCAAGUUCUUCAGAGUGGACGUCCUGAGGGACCAUAUUCACGUUCACUUUAAGGACAUAGCCCUGAUGGACGAGCAGGAGAGGGAGGAGUUCAUCAGGAAGAUUGGCAUCUCAGUGGACAGCAGCGACGACACUGAUGAGGAGGAUGAAGACUACGGACAAGAGACCCACAAGUACAGCUGCAAGAAGUGUCAGGUGACGUUCUUCAAGGGCAGAGACUACCUGAAGCACAUUAUGGACCUGCACAAAGAGAGGGGUUAUGGCUGCAUCAUCUGUAACCGGCGCUUCGCUCUGAAAGCCACCUACAACGCCCACCUGGUCAUCCACAGAGAACAGCUCCCAGACCCUGCUGUGCGAGUUGUACACUCUCCUUCUUGGCUCGUUACUAGCACCCAGACAAUAACCCUGUCUGUUACACUUUUCAUCUUGCUCCUAAGGUACAUCCACCCCUGUGAAAUGUGUGGCCGAAUCUUCAACAGCAUCGGCAACCUGGAGAGACACAAGGUCAUUCACACAGGGGUGAAGAGCCACGGAUGUGACCAGUGUGGGAAGUCGUUUGCCAGGAAGGACAUGCUAAAGGAACACCUGAGGGUCCAUGACAACGUCAGAGACUUCCUAUGUGCUGAGUGUGGGAAAGGGAUGAAGACCAAGCAUGCGCUGAGGCACCAUAUGAAGCUGCAUAAGGGCAUCAAAGAGUACGAGUGUAAGGAGUGCAACCGCAAGUUUGCCCAGAAGGUCAACAUGCUGAAACACUACAAGAGACACACGGGAAUAAAGGACUUCAUGUGUGAGUUGUGUGGGAAGACCUUCAGUGAGAGGAACACCAUGGAGACACACAAGCUCAUUCACACAGUGGGGAAGACGUGGUCGUGUGCGGUGUGUGAUAAGAAGUAUGUGACAGAAUACAUGCUACAGAAGCAUGUGCAGCUGACGCAUGAGAAGGUGGAGGCCCAGAGCUGUCACAUGUGUGGCACCAAGGUGUCCACCCGAGCCUCCAUGAACCGCCACAUGAGGCGCAAACACCCUGAGGUGGUCACUGUGAGAAUAGAUGAGUUUGACGAGCUCCAAGAAGACUCAACAAUCGAUGAGUCAAGCAUCAGCAUUGUGCAGCCCACUCUAACCCUGGAGAAGGAGGCUCUUUCUGGGGAGAGGCCCCAGCGGACCACACGGCUGCCCAGGAAGAAGCAGAAACAGCUGGAGGAGCCGGAGCUGUCGGACUCUGACGAGUAUGCUGACUUCACAGGCAAAGGAGUACAGUAUACCACCACCAUAGUGGGAGAUGAGACCAGCUCUGCUGUGCAGAGUAUACAGCAGGUGGUGGUGCUGGCCGACCCCAACGUGUCCUCCGCCUCCUCCCCCAACAGCUCAGUGGGGCUGACCAACAUCACAGUGACCCCCAUCACCACCCAUGCCCCUGCCCAGUUCACCAGCCUGCAGCCUGUAGCCGUGGGCCACCUGACAGCCAGCGACCACCGGCCCCUUACUCUGGACAGCUCCAUCCUCACUGUCACCUUCGACACGGUCAGCGGCUCCGCCAUGCUCCACAACCGGCCCGCCGAGCUCACGACCGACACGGUGGGGCCUGGCGGUGCCAGUACUGGGCCACAGUCGGUCGCCCACUUUAUCAACCUUACCACCUUCGUCAACCCAAUGGGGCACCCCCUGGAGGCCCCCACCCUGGCCUGGAGGCCUGUCACGCAGGCUGAGGGGGUCCAGGUCACCCCUGUAGCAGAGGGGGCUCCAGGUGACACCCAGGACUCUGAGACCCAGACCCCAGAGCAGGCUAGACAAGCCCAGGCAGCACAGCAACAGCAGGCCAACACAACACAGCAGAUGUUCAGCUACUAGACUGAAGAGGGGAGGUGCUGGUCACCUCAGUCCUGGUGAAGGACAGUGGAUAGACUAGACACAUGGAAGGCCUGUGGACUAGAGGCCUUGAAUGCUCUCACCCAAAUGCCUAUGUUAUAUUCCCCAAAAUACACCUCUUGAAUGAGAACAUUGAUGGAGGAUGAUAGCAUUUACAUGAACCAAGAGCUACUUUCUCUUGAGUCAACGUGAGUUGUUUGUCAAAAACCCCACAGAGGAAGCUGUUGAACUGUAUAGUUUACAGAGAUGCAUGUACAGUUAAAAAGAAUGAAAUGAUUUGGGUGCAUUGUUUCUUAGGUCAAACUGUGUAGUUUUGACCAAUCAACAGAUCAAUGUAAUAGUUAUAAUAUAAACCUAAGCAAGAAAUUGAAUAUUCUAAUUUGUGAAUUUAAACAUGCACGUCUCGCAAUAUUUGCAUAUUUUCACUGCAGAAUUAUUUAGGUUAUGGAGAUGCAAAAAAGUUGUUUUUUUUUAUUCUCAUUGGGGGUUAAAUUAUUAAAUAAUUUGGGCACACGGCUUUGAAUGCCUUGUACAAGAGGUUAAUAGAAGACAAUUAGAAUCGUUUUAUUUUAUUUUUUAUGAGUAGAUCACGAGUGUAAAGCAGCCAAGACACAGCAUUUAACCAGUAGAGAGAACCAUAUUUUAUUUUUGAAUGUCUGAAAGCAUUGAAACUUAAAACCAUUCAGCAAUUGUCAAAGAAAUACUGGAAGCCUUUUUUAUUGCCAUUGUUUUUCAAUUAAAUUUCACAAAUGAAAUGUAUUUAGCCCAUUUUCUGUUUCUGUCUAAAUAUCAAUGUUUAAAUCGAGUAGUACAUUUGAGAAUAUGGUACAAGCUUGUUUUCUAGCGUUAUGAUUUAACCAACUGGGAAACUCGGCUGGCAUUGUAAUCAGUGGUGAGUGUGUGUGUGUGUCAAGUCUUUUUACAUUUAGCAGACGCCCUUAUCCAGAGCAAUUAGCGUUAAGUGCCUUGCUCAAGGGCACAGACUGAUGUUUCACCUAGUCUGCGCGAACCAGCGACCAUUCGGUUAUUGACCCAAAGCGCUUAACCACUAGACUAUGAACCGCACACCUGUUGUACACCUGUAGCUUACCCGGAGUCAGAACCUGGACCAACCAGAAGGGGGAGCUAUCUUCACAAAUAUGAUUUAUCUGAGAGCUCCUACAUAAAAUGAGUUACAUGUGCAUUAGAUUAUGCAGAGACAUUCUGUCUAGGAAAGGUGUUUUGAAGGACUGCAAAAUAGAGUGCUGGUCUUUUGUAUGUAUGGUUCUUGCUAUUGUCUCCUUCCAUGGUCGGGCCAAGGAAUGUCGACACCCUCAAGAAGGAUUAACAUCUACACUAGAUGGACCAUCACCUCCAAAGACCCUCAUUCUCAGGGUUGACACCUUCAACUGUUAAUGUCUCUGUGUCUCUGUUCUCUAUUAGCCCCAAGCAUUAAACAAUGUCUCUGGUGAUGUGCAUCACUAUGGUGUGAAGUAGGCUGCUUCAAACUGCYACGCUCUCAUUGUUUCCCACUGUUUACACCUCUUGUAUGUUAAUAAUUAUCAGGAUAAGUGUUCUGUAGUUCGAGGGGGUCUGUGGAAGUGCAGGUUGAGGGUUUCUAUUGUCAUUUACUAUUGGCACUAAUUUUGCUGAUGAACUUAUUUGAGGAAAAAUGUACUUACAAAGAUUGUGGUUUCCUCACCUAGCUAUUUUAAGAUGAAUGCACUGAUUGCACGUUGCUCUGGAUAAGAGCGUCUGACAAAUGCAUUGCAAGAAAUCUGAUGUUUUGGGGAUAUCCCUCUGAAUAUGUAAACCAAGACAAUUACAUUUUUGAACCCAGUCAUUAUAAAUUGUACUUAAUUCAUGGACAAGCUACUAUAAACUAAAUACUUUUCAGUGGUGUAAAGUACUUAAGUAAAAAAGACUAAAGUACUACUUAA